AUGGACGAGGCGACUCGGUUGGUAACAGAGCUCCAGUCGAAAUUGGUCGAGCUCGAUCAGCGCAUCUGGCAGUACCGACGAGACAUGGCUUCAGAAUUCGACAAGUACGCGGAAGAUUUACUGCGCGACGUUCCUAAAGAAGUCUCCGAAACUGUCUCCAAAAGUAUCGCAGAGUCAAUGAAGGGAUGCAAGUCUUUAUAUCCUGACAGCGAGGCCCCUUUUGAGUCAUGCGCGACAGGCACCCACAUUCUCCCAAAUGGCAAUAAUAUACAGCAGCCUUCCGUCUCUCCAGCUCCGAUCUCUUUCUUGCGACCAGCAUCAAACGAGGAAGACAGUCCGCGGAGUCCGCACGAGCGAGAGAAGGAGUUUCGAGGACUGUUCACUCCAAGUUACCUCCCACUUCUUGACAGUACAAAUCGCAACGAACGCAGAUCGAGUGCCGACCUAGCUUCCCCACCUCCUGGCAACAUAAGCCCACAACCAAAAGCAAUGGAUCCCUUACAUGUCGACGCAAGUACAGAUACCAGAUCGUUGGUGACCUCACCAGAAACAACCCGCCCUUCAACCCCAAGACGAAGAAAUACAGACGAGGCGUCCGUGGGUUCAGAUUGGAGUGAGGGUACAGCAAGACGCAGUGCUCUCCGACGAUCCUCGAGUUCUUCUAGGCAUAGUCCGCGCCGAGUCCGCUUCGAGGUUGCCGGCGAAGAAGUCCUACCUACGGCAUCCCCUCGAGCUACAAAGUCGGUCUUGACAGAAGAAAUACCUCCUACACUUGGUGACGAUAUGGAUGAGGAGGCUGGAUCUGAGCAGAUUGAGGAUGUUGAUGAAGCACCACCAAAGCGUAUCUCGUCAUCGCAGGCAUUGAGAGCAUUGUCACGGUCACCUUUAGUGGACGAUGGCACUACAUGGACCACCGUCACAGCACCACCAGAUGGUUCAGCUUCUGUGGCUACAACUAAUGGGUUUUCAUUAGGCGAAGAAGACGACAGUCCGCCAUUGGGCAAUGGUAUUUCACAAUUGGGAUCUAGUGAUGCUCUGGGUCCUUUGGGAGCGGGUAGCAGCUUGGGUCAACUGGCGGUGAAUAAUGGAAUUACCAAGAAUGAGGUAGAAACCACUUCUGAUGAUGAUUUGCUUGAUAUGCCUCUUUUGAGACGUCAAGGUCCGUCUCCAGCAAGCAUGCUCUCACCUGUCAAGAUGCUUUCACCAGCAAACCCAACAGACAUCAGUAACAACAAGUCGCCAACGGCAUCGACGAGACCAAGCAGAGCUUGGCAAGAUCUGGAGAACCUCGGUCACCACCACACAGGAUCUAGAGGCGAGGAUUUGAAGUUCGAUGCUGGGGAUGAUGACGAGAUGUUCAACUUCGACGAGAAUGCUGAACGCCAAAGCUCACCAGCUGGUCAAGACGAUGAGGAGUAUGACGAUUUCGACACCGAUGCACCAGUCUCCCCCAUUUCCAAGGAAUCUGUCAGCAGAUUCUCAACUUCACCAGCACGUGACAUCAUUCGUCCUUCCCCACCAAAAAAUGCCGUUCCCACUACAAAGGGUGUUGUUGGAUCCUACAAAGGCCAUCCAUUCAGUAUGCCGAUCGUCAGCCCAGAUAUCCAUGCACAAGCAGCAAGUUUGGGAGAUGUGAACACAUUCGUAGGAAGUGUUGAUGGCCGCAGCGGAGUCGACGAAAGUGACCUCAAGAGCUUCAAGAUGUCUGGUGGUAUCGGUAGCUUCUCCGGCACCCCAAGAAGUCUGAGUGAGCGAAUGAUUAUGGAGGAUAUGAGACAAGCAGAGGCUGCUAAGAAGGGUGAAUAA